AACGCCCGGAUCCGGCUCCUCAAGCCACGCCGGCGCGGCGAGCCAGGGCGGAGCGGCGAGCUGGGGCGGUGCGGCGGGCCGUGGCCGGUCCCCUGCGAGCCAUCCACUUCCCCCUCCCCACUUCGAUUCUGCGAGAGAGAGGAAAGCAGAGAGGCUCGGCCGGGCUACCCCAUUCCUUUUCAGCGAGAGUAAGAGGAGCGCGGCCAGAUUGCGCCGUGGCCAUCCUCCUCGCCGGUCGCGCAUUCUCCCUCAGCGGUGAGAGCGCACCGCCGUCGAGGGACUUGGCCGCGGUGCUGGCCCCUUUCUUUUUAUUGUCUUUUACUUUUCUUUUCCGGCAAGCCGUUGAGCUAGCUCCGGUGGUUCUUCGUCCGACGCCUCGGCUUGCCGAUGCGCGUCCGGAUCGAGAGGAAUGGCGCGGCCGUAACGGCGGCGCAACUUUUCCGUAUGGGAAGCUUGUCAGGCUGAAGGAACUUACCGAGGAGCAGAGCCAGUGCGCCGUAGAGAUAUACGUGCUCUGGCUCUUUGGCUGGGUAAUGUUCACCAGCACCCAUGGUGACUGCGUCGAGCCUCGACUCAUUGAGUAUGCGAUGGAUAUUGCCUACUCAAAGAUAGAGGACAUACAAGAGAUUAGCUAUGGUUCUGCUGUGCUCGCUGGUUUGUACCGUGCAAACUGCGAUUCGUGUAUGCGGAUAGGAAAGAAAUCUAGUUAUGUUGGGUGCCCACUUCUGCUCAAUCUGUGGAGUUAUGAGUAUUUGUCGACACUCGGCCAUCCCACGGAGACUUUUUUCAAGCACCCAGGCAGUGUCUACAAGGAUGAUGUGGACGCUCCAACAGUUGGUUCGUACUGGACCAACAGUCAGUUUAAAAAGGAGAAACAAGUUGGCUAUGACUCCUACUCACAGAGCAUCGACAUCUUUAGGCCUUGCUGGGUCAAUUGGAACCCAUAUACCCGGGAUAAACUGCAGCAGCGUGCACCAGGUGGUUUGUCGUCCCUUUGCACGAGGGACAGAAAAUUUUGGUUAACCAAAAGAAACCUGAUUUAUGACAUUUAUGUGGAAGAAUAUGCUCCUCAGCGCUUCAUGAGGCAGUUUGAUCUCGAGCAAAGAGUUCCCCCACCACUAGGAAACCCGGUCCCUGAGGAGAUCCACGCUUGGUCAAGGAGAAGGUGUGAAGCUAACAGUGGCUGGGCCAGAAAACAAAGCAUGGACACUUACAUAGAAACAUGGAGGGCCGCUUCCGAUGAUGACAGCUUGUGGCCCAGUGACAGACCGUACGACCGUAAGUCGUACAAGCAAUACAUGAAGUGGUACCUGCAGACAGAUGUGGUCAGGUGCCACCAGUUUGUUCCACAACAGGGUCAAUCAUACACCGUGCCCGACAGCGGGUACCGUUCUUUGGAGGCCGGGGCAUCAUGGUACAUAGCAGCAACAUCCCUGUCUGAAGUUAAGGAAGUGACGUCGAAAAUGUUGACGUAUGGUGAUCAAAACAUCCCGUCUGAUGAGUUCAAGGCAAUUUGCUCCAAGUUAGGAGGGGCGUUGUCGAGAUGGCAAAAUUUUCGGGAUGUCACAGUAGCACCAAAAUGCCUCAGUCAGCUGCCGUUGGCCUCUGUGGCGGAUGAUGAAGCGGCGGCUCUGGAUUCUGAUGAUGAGAUGGACCAAGAUGGAUACGGGAAUGAAGAGAAUAGCGCGCCGCUGGAGCAAAGUGGUUAUGGGGGUGAUUCUUGUGCUGAUGAAAAUGAUGUUGCUGCCAAAGAGGACGGGGCUCUGCUGCUGCAGCAGCAGACUUGCUAUGAGGCCGCGGUGGCUCAUGCACCACCAUUUUUUUCAGAGGAAAAUGAUGCUGCCAUGAGUCUUUGUUCUCUUGAUCAGAUGCUUCUAAAUCAAAAUGGCGGGAUGUUGUGUGCUGAGCAGGAGCAGUUGCGCAAUGAGGAGGAAGAGCAGCAGACUUGCUAUGAGGCCGCGGUGGCUCAUGCACCACCAUUUUUUCAGAGGAAAAUGAUGCUGCCAUGAGUCUUUGUUUUCUCUUGAUCAGAUGCUUCUAAAUCAAAAUGGCGGGAUGUUGUGUGCUGAGCAGGAGCAGUUGCGCAAUGAGGAGGAAGAGCAGCAGACUUGCUAUGAGGCCGCGGUGGCUCAUGCACCACCAUUUUUUUCAGAGGAAAAUGAUGCUGCCAUGAGUCUUUGUUCUCUUGAUCAGAUGCUUCUAAAUCAAAAUGGCGGGAUGUUGUGUGCUGAGCAGGAGCAGUUGCGCAAUGAGGAGGAAGAGCAGAAGGAAGCUUCAGCGACAUGCGAGUCACAAACCAAGCUUGAACAAAAGAGGGGCCUUCGCGCGCAGCAGCAGCAGAUCAAUAGCCCUUCCCGGGCAAGCAAAUUUGUAAGCGCAAGUCCCUCCCAGGAGGUCUGGUCUUUGCGCACGUUUGACGAAAUCGAAAUCGCCAUGUAAUAUAAGGGAAGACUGACCCCAAAACAAUUGCAUGAAUCAAACUUCAGUGGUUUGUCCUGCCUCGCAAUCAAUUUGAAUAUGUCUUUUUUGGAGAGGGAUCAUGUGUGUAGGUUAGCUAGUAGUGGCCUUGUGGGCAGUGGGAGAAGCAUUCGAUUUCAGAAUUCUAGCUUAGAAAUUCAAAUUCUUUGGUGUCUAUUUUGUCAUCAGUCUCCUUAUUUUGCGAUCUUUAAUUUUGGAAGCAAAUUGUUGUCAUCGUCUCUUUUAUUUUGUGCUUGAUGAUGUCAAAGUUGCAACCUUUUGGAGUAUAUGUCAGAGUUGCAACUCUGUCUCUGACAAUUUGUGUUUGAUUGAGAUUUAUGUACCAUGUAUUUAACUAAA